CUUCGUCUAGCGCGCGCCCCCUGACCACGGACGCUGACAAGACACACCCAUGGCUUCGACGACGACUACCUCGACCUCGACCUCGACCAGCUCCAUGACGCCGCCGGCCCUCGUGACCUCGCCGGCGACGCGGCUCGCCGUGACCUUUGGCGGCCAGGCCAACGUCUACAUUGACGAGCUCGCGCUCCUCCUCGAAAAGUCGCCGGCGGCUGCAUCCUUUAUCGAAGCCGCGCAGGCUGCGCUUGUCGAAGAGGCCAAGCCGUUUGGCAUCACGAUCCAUCCGUUCUUGUGGGCGACGGACGCGACGACGCGCCCGUCCGCGGCGGCGCUCGCAUCGGCGACCAACAGCUACCCGCUUAUCAUGCUCGCGCAGUUUGCCAACUACCUCGCGUUCCUUGAAGCUGCGCACGUGACGCACGAGCAGUUUGUGCCCAAGAUCGUCGCAGGGACGGGCCACUCACAGGGCGUCGUGACGUCCGUGCUUGUCGCGGCGGCCAAGACGCACGAGUCGCUUCUGUCGCUUGGCCUUCAGUUUGUGCGCUACAUGUUCCUUCACGGUGUGCAUGCGCAAGCGACGUUUGGCAACGUCUCGAACGCCGGCGACGUCUCGCCGAUGCUCCUCGUGCGUGGCCUCCCGGUCGAGAAGCUGCAGCCGAUUGUCGACGGCACGAACGCCAAGCUGCGCUUGAAGGACGCACGCGCGCUCCAGCUCUCGCUCGUGAACGACAAGACCAAGAUCGUCGUGACGGGCCACCCGGACGCGCUGGCGCUGCUCCAAGCGGCGCUCAACAAGAUGAGCGCGGGCGACGAUGCGCAGAACCGCGUCCCGUUCUCGCAGCGCAAGCCGCAGAUCUCGACCAUUCCGCUGGCUGUCUCGGUCGCGUUCCACAACACGAUUCUGACGCCGGCGCAGGCGCUCAUUCAGCAGGAGCUCAACCGCCUCGAGCUCGCGAUUCCUGGUGAUGCGCUGCAGUUUCCCGUCAUUGGUACGAACGCGGCGGCCGCCAACUUGCAGUCGUACGGCGCCAAGGACGUGCUCCCGGACGUGGUCGCGAUGCAGCUCUCGGACGCUGCCUUGUGGCCAACGACCGUGUCUGCGCUCCAGCGGAUUGGUAACCUCACGCAUGUGCUCGACUUUGGGCCGUCGCGUGGUGCUGCACCGCUGACCGCGCCCUUCUUGGAAGGCCAUGGCGUGACCGUGCUGCUGCCGACGCAUGCACACAAGGGGUCGGCGACCGUGCCGGGUCUCGCGUACCUUGCGACGCCGGCGUCGGCCCUUCUGCGGUCGUCGUGGGAAGCCACGUUUGGCCCGCGCCUCGCUACCUCCGACUCGGGCAAGACGAUUCUGCAGAACGCGUACACGGACCGCCUUGGUCGCCAGCCGAUUUGGAUUGGUGGCAUGACGCCGACGACGAGCUACAACGGCGUGCCGCUCGUGGCCGCGGCGCUCGAGAGCGGCUACAUUGGCGAGCUCGCGUGCGGCGGUCUUCCGCGCCCAACGAUCUUCGAGGCCAAGGUGAACGACCUUGUCGCGCGCCUCACGCCCGGCAACGGCAUCUACCUCAACUUGCUCUACUUGAACGCGAAGCAAUGGGCUUUCCAGUUUCCGAUGAUCAAGAAGAUGCGUCUCGAAGGCCUCCCGAUCGAAGGCGUGACGGUUGCCGCGGGUAUUCCGACGCCCGAGAAGGCCGACAUUGUGCUCCACGAGCUCCUCUCGGUGGACAUCAAGGUCGUUAGCUUCAAGCCGAGCUCGAUCGCGUCGAUCCGCGAGGUGCUCACGAUCGCGGCGCGCCACCCGGCGGCGACGAUUGUCGUGCAGUGGACCGGCGGCCGUGCAGGUGGCCACCACAGUUUUGAGGACUUUCACACGCCGCUGCUCGCGACGUACGCCGAGAUCCGCCGCCAUCCCAACGUGCUUCUGAUCGUUGGCUCGGGCUUUGGGUCGGCGGCGCAGUCGUACCCGUACCUCACGGGCGACUGGAGCGUCGAGUUUGCCGAUGUCAAGAUGCCCUGCGACGGUAUCCUUGUCGCGUCGCGCGUCAUGGUGGCCAAGGAGGCCGCGACGGCCGAAGCGGUCAAGGCGCUUCUUGUUGCGACGCCCGGCAUUGCGAAUGAAGCCGACUGGGAAGUGGCCUACGAAGGCUCGGCGGGCGGCGUCAUCACGCUCAAGUCGGAGCUCGGCGAGCCGAUCCACAAGAUUGAGAACCGCGGCGCAGUGUGCUGGCGCGACUUUGACCGCAAGUACUUUAGCCUCCCGAUGAAGGACGCGACGCAGGCCAUCUUGGCGGACAAGGCGGCGAUCAUUGCGCGCAUCAACGCCGACUUUCAAAAGCCGUACUUUGGUCGCAAGGCCAACGGCGACGUCGUCGACCUUGAGAGCAUGACGUACCUGGAGGUGCUCCAGCGCAUGAUGAGCCUCAUGUACGUGCCGUCGCGCUGGAUCGACGUGACGUUCAUGACGCGCGUGUUUUCGUUCUUGCAGCGUGCGGAGCAGCGGUUCCUCGGCCGCGCCACGACGUCGUCCAAGCUCGUGGUGCAGAGCGCGAGCCAGCUCCAGAGCAACCCGUCCGCGCUCCUCGUCGCGUUCCAACAGGCGUACCCGGCGUCGGCGUCGUCGCUUCUCUCGAUCGACGAUGUCGAUUUCUUUUUGCAUCUGUGCAAGUUUGGCGGCAAGCCGGUCAAUUUUAUCCCGGUCAUUGACGGCGAGCUCGUCACGUGGUUUAAGAAGGACUCGCUGUGGUACUCGGAAGACCUCGAAGCGGUGGUCGACCAGGAUGCCGGGCGCGUCAUGAUCCUCCAGGGCCCCGUCGCCGUGCACCACAUCACCAAGGCGAACGAGCCCGUCGGCGACAUCCUGUACGGCAUGAGCAACGGCGUCGUCGAGUCGAUGGUGGCCAAGAACUUCCCCAAGGUGCCGACGGCAUCGGCCGCGUAUGUUGCGGUCGAGGGCUGGACCCGCGCCGAGAAGAUCGUGACCAAGACCGUCACCGAGGCUACUGACGCGGUGGCGCAUGUUGGUGCGCUCGCGCGCCUUGUCUCGGGCAGCCGCAACUGGCUGCACGCGCUCUUGACGGCCGAUCACGUCGUUUCGAGCGGCAAGUGGGUGGCCAACUCGAUUGCUGCGAUUUUGGCGCCAAAGAUCGGGCAGAUCGUGGAGCUUGAACUGGCGUCGGACGCGCCAGUGGCCCUCCGGAUCCGCGACAAGGCGGUGCUCGAAUCGGCGCCGGUCGUCGAGGUCUCGUUCGCGGCCGGUGUCAUCACGCUCCGCGUCAACCUCUUGCGCCCGUCGACGCGUGAGUGGAAGGCCACCGUCGUGUCGCUCGACCGCGUGUACGACUACAAGCCGUCGAUCGCGAUCUCGCCGAUCCACCUGCGCACGACGGUGUGCGAAGACAACAUCAAGGCGUUCUACGCGCAGCACUGGCUGGGCAACUCGCUCGACGACUGCACGGCGGCGCUCGGCCAGAGCAUCCAUGCGACGCACAAGGCUAGCUUCACGGUCACGGCGUCCGACAUUGCCGACUACAACGCGUCGCUUGGUCUUGUCGGUGCGACGGCGCCGGUCGAUUUUAGCACGGUUGCCGGCUGGCAGCCGCUGAUCGCGUCCGUCUUUGCAUCCGAGAUCCAAGGUGAUCUUCUGCGCCUGGUGCAUCUCAGCCACGCGUACGAUGUCGUCACCAAGGGCGACGCUGUCUUCUGCACCGGUGACGUUGUUGCGUCGACGGGGUAUGUCACGGCCAUGCGCAACACGCCGUCCGGCAAGGUCGUCACGGGUGUCGUGGCGGUGGCCGUCAACGGCGCCGACUUUGUCCGCGUCACGAGCGAGUUUCUCAUCCGCGGCAAGUUUGAAGACCACGCGCACACGUUCGAGAAGAAGCCGUUGAUGGGCAACGUGCACUUGGCGGACAAGGCCUCGAUCGCCGUCCUCACCGACAAGUCGUGGUUCAAGCUCUCGGAGGGCAAGAGCCUCCGUCGCGGCGACACGCUGCGCUUUGACCUCCACGCGUCGUACGUGUUUGCCGACGGCAUGGCGUGGCUUGCGUCGCUCGACGUCCAGGGCAAGGUGUUUGGCGGCCCGGCGCUCAACGAGGUCGUCGGCUCGGUCUAUCUGGUGCAGACUGGCGUCGCGAAGGACCCGAUUGCGGCGUACUUGGACCGUGCUGGUGUGUCGGCGGCGGUGCCGACCAAGACGGCGGCCAACCUUUUGGAGACGCCGUUGGCGAUCCACGUGCCGACGCACGCGCUUGCGUACGCGCAGGCGUCGCGCGAUCUCAACCCGAUCCAUCGCUGCGGCUACGCGGCGGCGCUUGCGGGGCUGCCCAAGUCGGCGCCCAUCAUGCACGGCAUGUGGACAGCGACCAAGGUCCGCAACAUGCUCAUGGAGUCGCUUGAGGCGCAGUUCCAGGUGACCAAGCUGACGUCGUACCACGCCGAGUUCACGGGCAUGGUGGCCAACGACGACGAGCUCUUCCUCCAGGUGACGCAGACAGGUGUCUCCAAGGGCCAGCUGCUCCUCGCUAUCAACGUGGCCAACUUGCGCGGCGAGGCGGUGCUUGGCGCGACCGCGUCCGUGCCGAUGCCGCUCACGGCGUUUGUCUUUACGGGCCAAGGCUCGGCCGAGGUCGGCAUGGGCAUGCAAGCGUACGCGUCGUCGCGUGUCGUCAAGGAGGUCUGGGACGCUGGUGACAAGCACCUCAUGGCCAAGUUUGGCUUCUCGAUCCUCGACAUUGUGCGCACCAACCCAAAGAGCAUCACGAUCCACUUUGGCGGCAAGAAGGGCAUGGCGAUCCGCCAAAACUACAUGGCGCUCGUGUGCGAAAAGGGCAACGACGUCGUGCCGCUCAUUCCGGAAAUCACGCAGCACACGCAGAGCUUUACGUUCUCGGCGCCGACCGGUCUCCUCUUUGCGACGCAGUUUAGCCAGCCGGCGCUCGUGCUCAUGGAGAAGGCCACGUACACGGAAGCCAAGGCGAACGGUGUCAUCGCCGAGGGCUGCUACUUUGCGGGCCACUCGCUCGGCGAGUACGCGGCGCUGAGCUCCUUUGCGGACGUGCUCGCCACCGCCGACCUCGCCGAAGUCGUCUUCCUCCGCGGCAUGGUCAUGCAGAACGCGGUCGAACGCGAUGCUAACGGGCUCUCGGACUACGGCAUGGUCGCCGCCAACCCUGCGCGCGUCGGGUCGCGCGCCUUUGACGAGACGACGCUCUUCACGCUCUUGGACGUCAUCGAGGCGGCGUCCGGUGAGCUCUGCCAGGUCGUCAACUACAACGUGCAGGACACGCAGUACGUCGUCGCCGGCGAACUCGUGAACCUUGAAGUGCUCUCGCGCCUCAUGACGCGUAUCCGCGAGCAGCCGACCAUUUACCAAGCGGUCGGCGCCGAGGCCCUCGUGGCCGAGACGCUGGCGCUGGUGCGCGCGCAGAAGGAGCUCUCGCUCGCCAAGGGCAAGCCGUUCGGACUCAAGCGCGGCACGGCGACGAUCCCGCUGGUCGGAAUUGAUGUGCCGUUCCACUCCAAGAAGCUGCUCGGUGGCGUGCCGGCGUUCCGCAACCUCUUGCGUCCGAAGCUCAAGAAGGAGAUUCUCUUCCGGAACAAGGCGCUGCUCGAGCACCAUUACGUGCCCAACCUCGUGGCCAAGCCGUUUGCGUGCACGAAGGAGUACGUGGCCGAGAUCGUCGCCUUGACGGGGUCGCCGUCGCUGACGCCGAUUCUCGCCAACUGGGGCGCGACGCCCGAGGACGAGCUGGUGCACACGCUUGUGAUCGAGCUGCUUGCGUACCAGUUUGCGUCGCCGGUGCAGUGGAUCCAGACGCAGGCGUACUUUUUCGAGAACGGCCUCCGCCGGUUUGUCGAGAUUGGUCCGUCCUCGACGCUCACGGGCAUGGCGGCCAAGACGCUCCAGAGCGGCAAGUUCCCGUCGGCCAAGUGCGACAUUCUCUUCAUCGGGAAGGACCGCGACGUCAUCUACUACGAAACCGAGUCGGAGCACCCGUCGGCGGUCGAGUAUGCGUCGGCCCAGGCGUCAGCCCGCGCGGCGGCUGCUGCACCGACCUCUGACGACGUUGCCGUCGUUGAAGACGUCGAAGAAGUCAAGGCGGCUCCGGUGGUCGUCGCGGCCCCGGUGGUCGUUGCGGCGCCUGCUCCGGUGGCGGCGGCCCCGGCGGCAGCCGUCUCGGACGCCCCGAUUAGCGUCAACCACGUGCUGCGUGUCUUCUUGGCGUACCGUUUCAAGAAGACUUUGUCCGAGAUCGACGACAACACAACGAUCCAUGCGCUCGCAGCCGGCAAGUCGGCGGCGCAGAACGAAGUUGUGGGCGAGCUCGAAAAGGAGUUUGGUGGCGGCGUCGACCGCGUGCCCGAGCUCCCGCUCUCGGUGCUCGCGACGUCCUUCAAGGCCUACAGCGCGUUUGGCGCGGUCUUUGGUGCGCUCACGACCGACUAUGUGCGCAAGCAGAUGCCCGGUGGCUUCAACCUCUCGCAAGUCAAGGCGUACCUUGGCUCCGAGUUUGGUCUUGGCGCGGGUCGCACAGACUCGGUGCUCAUGCACUCGCUCCUCUUCCCGCCGGCGUCGCGCCAUGCCAACGAAGCCGCGGCCAAGUCGUGGCUCGACACAAUCGUCGCGGACUACGCCAAGUUUGCCGGUGUCUCAAUCGCCAAGGGCGGGUCCGCGCCUGCCGGUGGAGCUGGCAUGAUGAUGAUGCCGUCCAUGGGUGCGCCGGUCGCGCUCGACCCGGUGCCCGAGGCCGACAUCACGGCCGCGUAUGCGCUCAAGGUGUUCCUCGCGCACAAGUUCAAAAAGUCGCUGGCCGAGAUUUCCGAUGCGGUGAGUGUCCACGACCUAGCGGCCGGCAAGAGUGCUGUCCAGAACGAAGUCGUGGCCGAGAUGGAAGUCGAGUUUGGCGGCGCCGUCGAUGGCGUGGCGGAGAUGAAGCUUGGCGACCUCGCGCCCAAGCUCGCGAGCUACAACAAGCCCGGCAAGUACUUUACGACGACGGUCUCCAAGAUGCUCUCGGCCAAGCUCCCGGGCGGCUUCUCGGCGUCGCAGCUCCGGUCGUUCAUGGCGACCGAGCGCCUCCUCGGCCCCAGCCGCACGGAGAUUGCGCUCAUCCACGCGCUCGUGCAUGUGCCCGAAGCGCGCUUUGGUACGGACGCCGACGCCAAAGCGUGGAUCAACAAGGUCGUCGACGACUACGCGACAGUGGCCGGCGUUUCGAUCCCGUAUGCGUCCAAGGCGGGCGGCGCGGUCGGCGGUGGCGGCAUGAUGGCCAUGAUGGGCGGUGGCGGCGUCUCGUCGGCGGCGCUCACGGCGCUCGAAGGCAAGAUGGAGACGAUGCUCCACGACCAGAUCAGUGCGUUCCAGACGUUCAUGUCGUUCGACCCGCUCGACAGCUUGAAGAAGACGACGGCCGAAGACGUUGCGCGCCGUGAACUCGAGGCCGCGCUCGACCUCUGGGUCUCCGAGAUGGGCGAGACGUACGAGAAGGGCAUUCAACCCAAGUUCGACGCCAACAAGGUGCGCGUGUACGACAGCUCGUGGAACUGGGUCAUGCAAGAUGCGCUCGACUUUUACUACAAGUCGCUGCUGGCGCCCAAGGACGCGACGCCGUCAGCGAGCGCGCCGCAGUCGUUUGACCGUGACACGUUCUUUGCCGAGAUGUCGGCCUUCUUCAACACGGACGCGGCGCAGUUGGCCAAGAUUGGCGAGCCCCAGGGCUGGUUCAAGCCGUUCCUCUGCAACCGCGCGACGCCCGAGCUCCUCGCGGCCACCGAGUUCUUUGCGUCCCGGAACGACGCCGACGGGCACUCGGAGUACGCGCAAGCGAUUGCGUUGCUCAACGAAGAAGUCGAAAAGUGGCUUGCGCGGGACCCGGUGCACCUCCAGCUCUUGCAGCCGAUCCAGCCGCAGGUCGUGAUUGAAGCCAACGGACACAUUGCGUACACCGAAGUGCCCCGCGGCAACACGUCGGUCGACUAUGUCGACGAGCUCGCGCGCGGCUUUAGCUACCGCGUCGAGGGCGACCGCUUGGCGUCGCCGCUCGGUGGCGGCCACGCGACCGUCAACGUCGUCCGCGGCCUCGAGAUGGCCGACCUCACGGAAGACGGCGGUGUGCACUCGGACCCGAACAGCGUCUGCAGCGAGCCCGUCAAGAAGAAGCGCUACGCCAAGCGCGGGUCGCGCAUUGCUGGCGCCAAGCUCCGCGGUCUCCAGGCUGUCUCGCGCAAGACCAAGAAGGCCAAGACGUCGGCCGCGACAACCGUGCUGCCGUACGUGCACGUGCGCAAGCCCGACCACGUCGACCCGACCAACCGCGUGCUCGACGAAGCGCUCACGCGGGAGUUCCUCUUGAGCAUGCACGACAUUGCGUCGGCGGGUGUCUCGUUCGUCGGCAAGAACGCUCUCGUGACCGGCUGCGGCAAGGACUCGAUCGCGAUCGAAGUCGUCAAGGCGCUCCUCGAAGGCGGUGCGACGGUCAUCUGCACGACGAGCAGCUUCUCGGCGCGCUCGACCAAGCUCUUCCGCUCGGUCUACGAGAACCACGGGUCGCGUGGGUCGCGUCUCAUCCUGCUGCCGUUCAACCAAGCGUCGGCCAAGGACGUCGCCGCGCUCAUCGGCCACGUGUAUCACGUGUUGCACCUGGACCUCGACUUUAUCAUUCCGUUUGGUGCGAUCUCGGUUGUGGGCCCGACGCUCGCCGACAUUGACUCGAAGAGCGAGCUUGCGCACCGCAUCAUGCUCACCAACACGUACCGCCUCCUCGGCCAGAUCAUCGAGGCCAAGCGGGCGGGCAAGAUCGAGACGCGGCCGUGCCUUGCGCUUCUGCCGCUGUCGCCCAACCACGGCACGAUGGGUGGCGACGGUCUCUACGCCGAAGCCAAGCUCGGCCUCGAAGCGCUCAUGAACAAGUGGCACUCGGAAGGCUGGGAAGACUACAUGAGCAUCGGCGGCGCGGUCAUUGGCUGGACGCGCGGCACGGGGCUCAUGGCCGGCAACAACAUGGUCUCGGCCGGCAUCGAGAAGCUCGGCGUGCGGACGUUUAGCACGACGGAAAUGGCCUUCAACCUCACGUCGAUUCUGCAUCCGCGCAUGGUCGCCGCGGCCGCUAAGUCGCCGCUCUGGGUCGACCUCGGCGGCGCGAUGGGCCAGCUCCACGACCUUAAGGUGCAGACCGACACGAUCCGCGCCUCGAUCCUUGAAGAGUCGGCGCUGCGCAAGGCCGCGGUCAACGACCGUGCGCUCGACGCGGCGUCGUCCAAGGCCGCCGAGACGCCGGUGCAGCCGCGUGCCAACAUGUACGAGUACUUUGCCAAGUUCCCAAGCCUUCCGGCCGCGUCCGAGCUCGCACCUCUCGGCGCCAACUACCGCGGCAUGAUUGACUUGGACAAGACUGUCGUUGUCGUCGGCUUUGGCGAAGUCGGCCCGUGGGGCAACUCGCGCACGCGCUGGGAGAUGGAGUCGUACGGCGUCUUCUCGAUCGAAGGCUGCAUCGAGCUUGCGUGGCUGCUCGGGUACAUUGCGUACUUCAACGGCACGCUCAAGAACGGUGAGCACUACAUUGGGUGGGUCGACGCGUCGACAAAGGACCCGGUGCAUGACACGCAGGUCAAGGCGCUCUACGAGGAGAAGAUGCUCGAGCACGCUGGCAUCCGCGUGAUCGAGCCCGCGCUCUUUGAAGGCUAUGACCCGGCCAAGAAGAUGUUUUUGCAGCAGGUCGCGGUCGACAAGAACAUGCGCCCGAUCGAAGUCGCGAGCCAAGAAGAGGCGCUCGAGUUCCAGCGCGAGCUUGGCGACGACAACGUCGACGUGUACGAAGGCAAGGACGGCGUGUGGAUGAUUCGUCUCCGCCAAGGCGCCGUGCUCUCGAUCCCCAAGGCGCUUCGCUUCAACCGCUUCGUCGCGGGCCAGAUCCCGACCGGCUGGGACGCCAAGCGCCUCGGUAUUCCCGCCGACAUUGCCGACGCGGUCGACCCGGUCACGCUCUUCACGCUCGUGUCGACGGCCGAAGCGCUCAUUUGCGCCGGUAUCACGGACCCGUACGAGUUUUACCAGUACGUGCACGUCUCGGCGGUCGGCAACACGUCCGGUUCGGGCAUGGGCGGCAUGCGGUCGCUCAAGCGCAUCUACCACGAACGCGCGCUCGCCAAGAACAUUCCGUCCGACUCGCUCCAAGAAUGCUUCAUCAACACGAUGGCGGCGUGGGUCAACAUGCUCUUGCUGUCGUCGUCGGGGCCGAUCAAGACGCCGGUCGGUGCGUGCGCGACGGCCGCCGAGUCGGUCGACAUUGGUGUCGAAACCAUUCUGAGCGGCAAGGCGCGUGUCAUCAUUGUCGGCGGCUACGACGACUUUGGCGAAGAAGGCUCGUAUGAGUUUGCGCAGAUGAAGGCGACGUCCGAUGCGGUCAAGGAGACGAGCAUGGGCCGCGACCCGCGCGAGAUGUGCCGUCCGUGCACCGACACCCGCGGCGGCUUCAUGGAGGCCCAGGGCGCCGGGAUCCAAGUGCUCAUGGAUGCGACCCUCGCGAUCGAAAUGGGCGUCCCGAUUUACGGGAUCGUCGGCGCGACCAACACGGCGACGGACAAGAACGGCCGCUCGGUGCCGUCGCCGGGCCAGGGUAUCCUCACGACGGCGCGCGAGUUCACGGUCGGCGACGAUGGUCGCAUGGCCAGCGCGCUCCUGAACCCUGCGUUCCGCCGCGCGCAGUUUGACGACGAAGUCGAGGCGAUCAACGCGUGGAAGACCAAGCAGCUGGCGGCCAUUGCGGCGGGCAAGCAGACGUUGUACGCGGCCGACGUGGUCGAACGCAUGGCGCUCAAGAAGCUCAAGGCGGCCCAGCGCAUGUGGGGCCACGACUUCUUCAAGGGCGAAACCUCGAUCGCGCCGCUUCGUGGUGCGCUCAACGCUUGGGGUCUCACUGUCGACGACCUCGGUGUCACGAGCUUCCACGGCACGGGCACGAACGCCAACGACAAGAACGAGAGCGAGAUCACGCAGAAGCAGCUCGAGCACCUCGGCCGCACGCCCGGCAACCCGAUCAUGGUUGUGUGCCAAAAGUACCUCACGGGCCACCCGAAGGGGGCGGCGGCGGCGUGGAUGUUCAACGGCCUCCUCCAAGUGAUGCAGUCCGGGCUUGUGCCUGGCAACGCCAACAACGACAACACGGCGCCCGAGCUCCAAAAGUUUGACCUGCUCGUGUACCCGAACCGUUCGAUCCAGACGGACGGCGUCAAGGCCGCGAUGCUCAAGAGCUUUGGUUUUGGCCAGGCCGGCGGCGAAGUGCUGUUGAUCCACCCCAACUACUUGCUCGCGGCGCUCGAGCCGGAGACGUAUGCGGCGUACUCGGUCAAGCGCGCCAAGCGCACGGCGGGUCUUCACAACUACUACCAGAACGUGCUCGCCAACAAGCACGCGCUCGUCCAAGUCAAGGACCACGCGCCGUAUACGGCCGAGAACGAGUCGGCGGUCUACCUCAACCCGAACGCCCGCGCCUCGUACAACCCCAAGGAGAAGACGUGGACGUUUGGCGACGUCUCGUCGCAAGUCGACGCCGCCGUUGAGACGGGUGUCGCGCCGCCGCCGACGUCGGGCCCGGUUGUCGCGCCCAAGAAGAUGCUCGAAUCGUCCAUGGCGUCGGCCGGCUCGCAGCUCAUCAUGUCGGCGGGCCAAGGCCUCGGCAUCGACGUCGAGCCGAUCGCAACGUUUGCCGACUUUGCGCUCAAGCAGACGUUCUUGGCGCGCAACUUUACGCCCGCCGAGAUCGCGUACUGCGAAGCGUCGGCCGCGCCUGCAGCGUCGUUUGCGGGCCGCUGGGCCGCGAAGGAAGCCGUCGUCAAGGCCAUCUGCAACGCCAACCCGAACGCGCAGCUCACGGCCGGCCCGGAAGCGCCGCUCAUCGACAUUGAAAUCGGCAAGUCCGUCUCGGGCGCGCCGACCGUCAGCUUUGCCGGCCGCGCGCUUGCCGCGUUCCAAGUGUCGAACCUCAGCAGCGUCAAGCUCUCGAUCUCGCACUCGGGCGACUACGCCGUCGCGCAAGCGCUCGUGCUCUAGAUAGCAUUGUUAGGACUUAGAAGUCGUGCGUCGUGUCGAGCGGAUUGGUCCCCGUCUCGAUGCGGCCGCGAAGCAUUGUAUGUUGCAUGUGUCAUUAACUAAAUACGAAAAGUAUUCAAUUUCGAUCCUGCA